AUGAUGGCUUCACGAGGUACCAGCGCCGUGCUUUCAAGAGCUGCUCGGAUGAGGCAAAAACUGCAGUCUGCCUUGGAGGCCAGUGCCCUAGAUAUUGAAGAUGUUUCUUACCAGCAUGCCGGGCAUGCAGCUGUCAAGGACAAUGCAAACGAGACGCACUUCAACAUCAAGGUAGUUUCACCAAAAUUUGAGGGGCAGAACCUUGUGAAGCGUCACAGGAUGGUGUAUGAUCUACUGAGUGAUGAGCUUAGCUCAGGUCUCCAUGCUGUCUCCAUUGUUGCAAAAACCCCGAAAGAGUUAGGAUCUUGA